AUGGUCCACCUUGUAUCUCUAGUGACCGUAGAUGUCACUGAGAAGGAACUUAUUCAGCAAUGCGAGAAACAAGUAGAGAAGAAAUGCUCAGCGCCCGACUGGAGGUAUUAUCAGCAUGGCGAAGAAAUCAGACCACCAGACGAUACAGCGGCAAUUCUCAUUGAAGUCUCUGUAGCAUCGGCCCAAGUGAGGCUGUUUCAUUUUGGGACGGCGGUUACCUUUGUAAAAACAAUCGCACCACUUCAAUUUAAUCUACAUACUGUCAUUGUACCGUGGGAACAGGGAUUAGGAUUUGUUUGCUAUGGAGUGAACGAUAAUAAACAAAGUGCAAAGAUAUGUAAAAUAGGAAUAGUCAGGGUAGCCUAA